AUGGAGGAAGUAAAGAAGAGGGAUUGCAGGGAGAAGGCAAGGCCAUUCAUUUUAGUGAUAUUGUUGCAAGUUGGGAUCGCAGGGAUGGACAUUCUCUCAAAGGUUGCGCUAAACAAAGGCAUGAGCAAUUACGUCCUUGUUGUUUACCGUCACGCUGUUGCUACCAUCGUUAUGACCCCUUUCGCAUUCUAUUUCGACAAGAAGGUGAGACCAAAGAUGACACUGAUGAUAUUCUUCAAGAUAACACUCCUUGGUUUACUCGAGCCGGUGAUCGAUCAGAACUUAUACUAUCUUGCAGUGAAACAUACGACGGUUACAUUUGCAACCGCCCUGUACAACAUCCUACCCGCAAUCACUUUCCUCCUCGCAUAUAUAUUCGGUCUUGAAAGAGUGAAUCUAAGGAGCAUAAGAAGCGCCGCUAAGAUCAUUGGGACAUUGGCUACAGUUGGAGGAGCCAUGAUCAUGACACUUGUCAAAGGCCCAACUCUCGACCUCUUCUGGACCAAAGGAGCCUCUGAACAGAACACAGAUGGGACAGAUAUUCACAGCUCCAUCAAAGGCGCAAUAUUUGUCACAAUUGGUUGUUUCUGCUAUGCAUGUUUCAUGAUUCUCCAAGCUUUCACGUUGAGGACUUACCCAGCCGAGCUAUCUCUUACAGCAUGGAUAUGCUUAAUGGGGACAAUAGAAGGAACAGCUGUGGCAUUAGUGAUGGAGAGAGGAAACUCUGGAGCGUGGGACAUUGGUUGGGACACUAAACUUCUUACAGCCACAUACAGUGGGGUAGUGUGCUCAGCGCUUGCUUACUACAUUGGAGGAGUGGUGAUGAAAACGAGAGGCCCUGUGUUUGUAACAGCUUUUAGUCCUCUCUGUAUGAUCAUAGUAGCGUUUAUGUCGACAGUCAUCUUUGAUGAGCAAAUGUACCUUGGAAGGGUUCUUGGUGCGGUGGUUAUAUGUGUAGGACUAUACCUUGUGAUAUGGGGCAAAGGCAAAGAUUACUUAUAUCCUUCCACGCCUCGAACAGAUGAUGAAUCAGCACAGCCAAAGCUAGAACUAAGCAGAAACGAGGAAGGUAGUCUUGAUCAUGAAGUCAUUACUAUCAGCAAGGAAGGAGAACAAAAAAGAGCAGUGGUAGAAACAGUCUAA